UCUACUCUGUUCUCCGUCCUCCUGCCAGUGACCUGGAAAUCGAUCUUAGCACGCCAUUUUGAAGGACGUUUCCUCUCCUAAAAUUCCUCUGGAGGAGAGAGGAGGCUUCUUGAAGAGCUAUGAGAGAGGAGGUAGUGCUCCCUCCUCUUUUCUCAGUUUGACCAUUAUUGAUUCCUUUCCUUGAUCUCUCUCCUCCUGUCUCUCCCACUAGAGGGAAGACACGAGGAGAAAGGAGCUGAAGCAACAGACAUUUUUAAAAAAAAUCAGACAUCAUUGCAUUGUAACUGAUAUUUUUAAAAUGUGCCAGUACAAUAUGACUUUCAAUUGUUUUAUUAGAAACUAGUAUGAAAGACUUGUGACUACAAUAAAGUAUCACAUUAUUAUGAUUUGUAUAUGAUAAAGUAUGUCUGAGAUUCCUAAAAUGUAUCUUGAGGAUAGAGGCUGGAGGAGACUUGCAAGAGGAGCUCUAAGUGAGGGUGAACAGGUGUAACCUCAGUGUAUUCUCACUUGGGUCCACUCACCAAACAGCAGUUCAUGGUGACCAUCUCAUAUUUGUUAGAUUUGUUUUUCUGUACAUGCAUGUGUUAUUAUGUAAAACGAGUAAAAUCUGGGGUCAUAGGUGACAUUAAUUUUUGAAUUCUUGGGUCUUGUCGAUUUUUGCAUUGUUUUCUUCCUCAUUUUGGUUUUCUUUCAAUCUGUAGAAUAAUGUUUGUGGAAAUGUCAUAACUUGAUAAAUAAUGUAGCUAGAGUUCUGAAAUUUUGCCGGCUGAUUGAUCUGGACAUAUGGUCUUCAGUUGUACAACCCUGCUUUGAUAGAAUAAUAUUAACCAGUUUUAUUAAGGUGCAAAUAAGAGACAUAAAGACAUGAACCACAGCUGGAAUAUUGUCGGGAGCAGAACUGACAAAUGUAUGGAUAUAAAAUAUAUCUGUCCAUCAUGAUAUAUGUAACUUUAUAACUGUAUAGUACUCAUUUGUGUGCCAUCAGUCUUUCAUAUGUCACCACAUGUUUUGUUUUGUUUUUUAAAUAUGGCAUUGGUAAAUUUUCAUCACAUUUUGCCACAUUCUGUAUGACUAUUUUUACUCUUCUCUCCUCACAUCUCAUUCUCCCCUCCUCUGUUCACUUAUCAGGUGGAAGGGAAUAAGACAUGAGAGGAGUCGAGGAAAGGAAUCAAGGAUGUGGAAUGGUGAUGAGGAAUAUAUUCCAGCUGUGUGUCACACCUGUUUCAUGACACACAUGUGCAUCCUCCAUUAAAAUUUCCAGCAAACCUGCUCUCUUUUUGUUCCUCCAUCCUCUCGAUGCAUGUUAGUGAGAUGGUGUUCUCAGAUUGAUUCCCGGGUCACUGGCAGGAGGAUGGAAGACAGAGGAGAUGUGGAGGCUUAAAAUAGAGAAAUGAGAUGAACCUCAGUUUGAUUUGUGAGGGCAUGCAACAAGUGGGAAAUCGUCUGACAGCACGUGAAGGCAGCAUCAGUUCCAUCCUUGCUCAAAUGUAUUUUCUAUUUUACAAAAAUAAAUAAAAAAUGCAACAGAACAGAAUUGUUUAAGAAAGUUGACCACAUCUGUAGAAUCCACCUUUAAAUGUCUGUUUCUGUCUGCACGGUGCAAGAUUAAAUACCUACCACAAGGUGUCACGGUACAACAAUAAGGCCACACUGCUGCUGUUGUAGUUAUUGACACCUGAUUAAUGGUUAAGAUAUUGGCUUUUUAACAAGACAGAAGACUAUCUAGUCUAAUUAAGGAGAAAAGAAUCAGCAUACUCUGAUCAGUACGUGCCAUUUUAUCUCUGAUUAAUCUCCCACUUUCCAAAAGAAAGACUUAAAAUGCUAAAGAAAAACAAUUAAAACGUGAGUGGGAAGGAUGUCUGUCGUAAUUCUCUACUUUUCAGCUACAGAACAGCUAGCACCGAAGCACAACAUGACUUCAAACAAACGCAUCGCUAAGGAGAGACAGAAACUGAAUUUUAACAUCAGCAUGUCCACCUUUCCCUUAUUCUUUAAAUCACGCCUUUCUCUUCCGGACUGACCAAUAGGAAAACGUCUAUGCCAGUGACGUAAUGCAGGUAACCAAUCAGCAGCGCAGCUUCCGCUUGCUUGUUUAUCCUGCCUCUUCAGGUGCCGCACUGGCCAUCUCUUAAUUCAGCAACUUCUUCAAACAAAUGUUAACUUCUACAGUUUACUCAGCGUGGACUCACGUUUCACCACGGACUCUGAAAAAUCUUUCUACGAGGCUGCCAAAGAUUGCAGUGGAUUUUAUGUGCUGUUUGGACUAAGAAGUUAAACAGAACCGGUGUCUUGCGGGUCCAAAUUUUUUCAGCGUCCCACUUACCUGCACCAACUAGAAAGUCCAGUUUAACGCGCAAGACCUAGAAAACACCAGAGUCCUAUAGGCAACAUGGACAUGGACAGUAAACGGCUGGUGGUGGUGGUACCGAAUGAAGUGUCAAUGCCCUCCCGCAGAGUGUACAGCAACGAGGACGAGGCGUGGAGGAGCUUGCUGGAGAACCCACUGACAGCUGCCACUAAGGCCAUGAUGAGCAUCAAUGGAGAUGAGGACAGUGCAGCAGCUCUCGGUUUGCUGUACGACUACUACAAGGUUCCCAGAGAGAGGAGACGUACCUCCAGUGAUGGUAAACCCACAGAUCCUGCUGCUCUUGGGUCCAAUAACUGUGGGAACUUGGAAGAUCACCAUCUUCAGGCUCUGAGGUCCAUGCCUGUAAACCUCUCUCUAAACAGCAGCACCACUAAUGAACAUCAGGGCUCCAGAUAUGGAGCGAUGAACCUCACAGGAGACAACAGAGGAGGAGAUGGUAAAGGUGGAGGCAGUGCACCUCUUGCUUUGGUCAAGACAGAGGGCCAGACAUCCAUGGCAGUUCCUUGUUCUGGUGGCUUGUACCAAGAACAACCCAGAGAGCAGAUAAGGAUGGUGUACGAGCAGAGCUGCUAUGAUUUGUCCAUCGCUGGUUACCUGAAAGAUGAAGAGAGAAGCACGCCUGACAGCACGAAUGAGGAUGAUGUGGGAGGAGAGAUGUACCACAGGAGUUCUUCCUCAGGAGAUGAUGCAUUCCACUAUAGCCUACCAGUUGACAGUUUCCAGUACAAUCUAGAGGCCAGCAUGUCACUUCGGCCGCGGCAAGGAGAAGGACCUAUGGCUUACCUGAACCGAGGCCAGUUCUAUGCUUUGACACUGUCCAAGACUGGCUUCAAAUCAUCUCUGUGUCAGUCCAGAGGCAAAGUGAGUGAAGGGCCUGAUGGGAGCCCAUCCAGUAGGGAGCAAUGCACCACAAGAGGCUCUCAGCUGCAGCAGGACAGUAUUGUACAGAGUGUUAUCAUGGUUGUCUUUGGAGAAGACAAGUGCAGAGACGAGCAGCUGAAGAAUUGGAAAUACUGGCACUCCCGCCAGCACACUGCCAAACAGAGAGUCCUGGACAUUGCCGACUACAAGGAAAGCUUCAGCACAAUAGGGAACGUGGAGGAAAUUGCCUACAAUGCCGUGUCUUUCACAUGGGAUGUCGGUGAAGAAGUAAAGGUCUUUAUCUCAGUUAACUGUCUGAGCACAGACUUCUCCUCGCAGAAGGGUGUGAAGGGGAUGCCUCUGAUAAUCCAGAUUGACACCUACAGCUACAACAGCUGCAGCAGCAGGCCCAUCCACAGGGCCUUCGCUCAGAUCAAGGUCUUCUGCGACAAGGGUGCAGAAAGGAAGUUGCGUGAUGAGGACAAAAAGCAGCUCAGGAAGAGGAUGAAAGGUAAAAAUGGCAGCUCAGGGCAGACUUCUCCCAUUAAGAGGGCUGAAAGCACACUGUUCAAGAGCUUGCAAGACCUGGACUCUCAGCCUGUUCUCUUCAUUCCUGGUGCUUACUUUGGAAACCUGCAGAGAGCAGGGCAGGUGUUUGCUUUCAACACUGAAGAGGUUGACAGAGAUGGAGGUGUGCUGAUGAAGAGGGUUUCACGUGUUGGUGAGGAGGAUGUCUGUCCCCCUCAGCCAAAGAAGUCCAAAGUGGAACUGGAAAGAAAAGUUCUACUGUAUGUGAGGAAGGAGGGUGAUGAAGUGUUUGAUGCCCUGAUGCUGCACACACCAACCCUCAAAGCAUUGAUGGAGGCUAUCUCGGAGAAAUACGCAUUGCCUGUUGACAAGAUGGCCAAAGUUUACCAAAAAAGCAAAAAGGGGGUCCUGGUGAACAUGGACGACAACAUUGUUCAGCACUACUCCAACGAGGACACCUUCAUCCUGGCUAUUGAGAGCUCAGCUGACUCCCUGCGUGUGACUCUGUCAGAGAUCUGAUGGUUGUUAUCCACAGCACUGUUUUCAUUAGACGUUGUCCAGACAGAGGUGAUCACGUCUGCCUGUGUAGAAAUUUAUGAGCAUUGUUAGCAGUAUUAGAUGACGGCGCCAUACUGUGUUCCUUACAGGCCAUAUGGGAGCGUCGGUAGGGUUUGUUUCCCCGUACAGAUCACUGGCUCCUCAGGAGGCAAAAUCCACAACCGUCUAACUUGCUGCAGCUCUUGUUUAAUAGACGUCCUGUCAUAGGAGGAAAUGUGGCACUGGGAACACAGCCUUAUCAAAGUUGAAAACCUGAGGAUUUCUGGUUGCAAUGUAGGAGUGGGACACGUGAAAGGGUUCACUGUUUGCAAGCUUUACUUUAUACCCCACUUUUUCAGUCAGCCCUUACUAUAAAAGCUACAGUCAGUUACAUCCACGAGUGACAAAAAAGAUAAUAAUGCUCAAAUUCCAACUUAGCAUCCAGCAGGGAAGCUAGCUUCAUUCACAGAUAGCAACACUCAGCUAACGAUCGACGCCUCAACUACACCUGGGAAAAAGUCAGCCUCUGUGCCGAUCACUGUGGACUUCGCUUUGGGAAGAUGUUUCUGUUCUGAUACAUGAAUCUGUAAAGCUGCUGCUGGCCUCACAGGACUCACUACAGACAACAGUGAACUUAUUUCAGAAGUGACUUAUCUUUGUGGAGUCUGUAGCCGGUGACAGCUUUGAACAUCUAGCUGCAGCAUAGUCCAACCCUCCAAACCCAAAACCAGUCUCCCUUAGACCAACUCGACUGCCUUGGGAACCGCUCACAGAGGUCCAAACACCGUAUUCUGAAUAUCCCCGGAGGCACUGAGGAUGGUAAAGGCUCUGUAAAGUUCUUGUCCGAAGUCCUGAUGCAGAUAGUAGGCCCCGAUGUCUUCCCUGUGCUGCCCGGAUUGGAGAGAGCCCACCGGUCACCGACUCUCAAACCUGGCCAGAGGAAAUCCUCUCGCACUUUGCUUGUGUGUUUCUCCACUUUUCAGCAGAAGGAGGCUGCACUGUGCUGGGCCAGGAAUUACAAGCUGAAGUGCCAAGCUACCACUGUAAGGAUUUACCAGGUUCUCAGCACAGAACUAGUUAUGGCAUUUGAUGGCAUAAAGGAGGCUCUGUACCAGAGGAACGUCCGGUUCCAUCAGUUGUACCCGGCUCAGCUGUGCGACUUUCACGGGGACACAAUGUUUACUUUCGACUCGCCUGAUGAAGCCCAGAAGUUUUAUGACCAGAGAUUCAGCAAGAAAUACAAGUUCAGCAGCCUCCUGUCUUAAACUCUUCAUUGUACACCGCGAGGUGUGUAAACUGUCUAAUUCCAGGACAGUGUGUUACUGUUUACAUGUGAACUCCCUCCGUCAGUGGUCCGUGACUCCAGGUGUGUGUUUUUGUUUUAUUACGGUAAAUAAUAUGUGACGAUCGGCACACGUUUGUCCGUCUGUUUGUCUGUUCGCAACAUUACUCAAAAACAGACUAAUGGAUUUGGAUGAAAUUUCCAGGGAAGGUCAGAAAUGACACAAGGACCAAGAGGUUAGAUUUUGGUAGUGAUGUAGCUUAUAGUCUGGAUCCAUAGAUUUGUUAAAACUUCUGUAUCAUUGCCAGAUGUUCAGCACAAAGGAGAGCAGAUAUCUCAACUCUUUUGACUUCCAUCUUGAUACAGCUUCACCGGAGAACAAAUUUGUGUUAAUGACACCUGCCUAUAAGGUAGAACUUUCAGUUUGUUUAAUGGAAUUUUUCACUCCCACAUGUAAACGUCUCUGAAGAUCAUGAAACGUGUAACAGAACUUUUGCAAAUCCCGGUAUACACAUAUAAAUGGAAAUAUCGAGCUCAACGCAUGUAAAGUGUUGCUGCAUGUCACGGUUUCCAAAUAAAAAAUGAAUGACAAAAAAAGUUGAAAACCUUUGGAUUUGAUGCAGGCGUGGAAAGUCUUUCUUGAUCUUUUCUACCUUAUUAGCUCGUAGGAAUUCACUUGUAAACUCUUUGUAUAACUGUGACUAAUAUGAGGCUUUAUCCAUGCAGCUCGCUGUGGUUUCACAGGAAGAACUCUUUAUUUAUUAGAUUAACAGCAGGGAGCACUGCUGUGGGCUUCCUCUGCGCUUUCUGCCAGCCUUCCUGUCACCUCUUCUUGUGGUGGAAGCUUUGAAAUGACUUGAUCGGUUGUUUGAAAGGCUCUCGAGUCACAAAAGUCUAUGAAAAACAUCUUUUUUUGCUCCUGCCGGAGUGUUCCUGGUUAUGGCUCAUUAUUUUGUAUGUGUGUAGUUAUCGUCUGAUGUGUCUUCAGGGAUGGUACUCUCAUCUUUAUGGGCCGUCCAUGUUUUAUUGUUAUUUGAUUGGUCGUGGUUUUACUGCAUACUAAAUGUUUCCUAUUGGUGCCAGUGAAAUAACUGUUAUCCCAGGUUGUCAUUACAUGCCAGUGUCUCCGGAUCUAUAAUUACAUGAGGCACCAUUAUGAAACAAGGCUGCUAGUCUCCAGGAUGCUGUUAAACUGUUCUGCUUCCUCAUUGCUUUUCCUCUCACUAAAGAGACUAGUCAUUAGUAUUUAUGACAUUCGUUAGGACUCGCAGCGCUCAACUGCUCCAUCCAUUUACAGUCGUCUACUGAUGCUACGGUAAACCAGAGCUCAACAGCAGAAUGUUUCUGUUCUUACUCAUUGCUUGUUUUUAUACCUGAUCUGCUGACACUUUAUCCUUCCCUCAUUUGCUCCAUGCAGGAUCAUGUACAGUCUUUUAAAUGAGCCAAUAAAUACAGUUUUAUA